GCUCGAGCUAUAAACAUGUAAUAAUAAAGAUAACAUUAAUAAAUAAAGCAUUACAGAGCCCUGAGCCACACUGCUUUGUAAAAUAUAAAUACUUUGAUUUAAUGUCAAAAUAUGAACAUUUAAAAAUACAUUUAAAAUUAUUAUUCAUAAAAUAGCAAAAUAAACAUUUGCACUAAAAAGUAGAAGAAAAUCUGCAUAAUAUACACGUUAGUAUUUAAGUAUAUAACAAUAAUAUAUAUAGUUUACUAUAACUAUAAUAAAGAUGAUAACAUUGACAUAUCAUUAAGUCGUAUUAUUGUGGUUUUAUUAAGAGUUCCCUGAAUACAGUUGCGUCAGGGAAUAAAAACAGAAGUCAUGAUGUAAGGGAACCUUUAAAAGCUUCGGCAUCUCAGUGCCGACGCUCUGAAUCCUGAACCAUGACCUGGACUCACACCAUCACAGUACCUACCUGUGUGUAUCUCACUGCUGUCAUGCUGCUCCACUGCUCUCCAUCAGCUGCUCGUCCAAUCAAAGCCCCGACGAUCGAGAACCUGUCGCACAAACGGCUCGCUCAGGGCCACAGAAUCAGCUGUAAAGUGAAUCCUGGAGGACUGAGAGAUGAGACCAUGGUGUACUGGCUGGUUAAUGGGGAGUUUAUAGAGAAGGUCUAUCAAAACAUCACUGUGACCAAAACAGAGAGAAAGUCAGAUGACGGGACAGAGUUCAUCCGCACCAAGGUGGUGUUCAGAGACUUUUCUCAGGAAGACUUUAACACACAAUUCACCUGCGUGGCUCUGAGUCCAGCUGGGUUUGCCAAAGAAAACAUAUGCAUUAGGAAAUGUAGAACACCCUGACUGACCUGAGCAUGUGUUUAACUUGUAGCGUUCAUUAUGUUCAUUAUGAAUCCAUUCCUACACAUCCAUUUUAUCUCUGUGACACAAAACCAUUUACAGCUAGAAUACCGAGCGUGACAGUGUGUAUCUUUUAAAAAGAUGAGUCUUUUUUAUGAUGCUAUCAUAGCUAUAAAACUAUUUAUAAGUAAUGCACCAGAAGACGAUGUCUGACGGAGAUCUUUAAACCUGUAUCGACUCUAUACUGUACGUUACACCGUGUGAUUUAUCCUUACAUUAUAUUGUGCAUUAUUUUGUUUUGCUUAAACGAGAUCAUGUCAGAAACCGAAUGUUAGUUAGCUGUCGUGUUGGAACGCAUUAAAUGAAAAUGUAGUAAAUGAAAUUGUUUUAUAUGAGUUUAGGCUUAUACUUGUUACGAGUGAGAUGUCCUGUAAUUAAAGAAAAGGAAAUUACACUGAUGUGACCUGGGCGACAAUAAAUAAAAGUAUUUUCCUAUAAA